CGCUGCCACCGUUAUAAAGACUUGUUUUUAAGACGUUGAAUUGAACAAGCGCGCAUCAGAGCGCCAAAGACAUCUUGAGGUAUUUUUUCAUACAUUUUCAACAGGUGCAAAUCCUCAAGGCUAAAACGAGAUUAAUAAUUUAUCAAUUGGCCAUUUGGAUUGUAAGGUAUUUUCUCAGCAGUAUAUCAGAUCAAGGCUGUUGUCUGGUGGUAUAGGGGUGAGCUUUAGCCAUCGGAGCGGAGGGAGGACCAUGCUGUCUCUAAGCUGUGCAGACCCCUGGCCCGAGGGCUCGGUGGGGCUGGAGGAAGAAGUGGUGACUGCCGCUGCUCAUUCUGAGGAGCUGGACCUGGACGACAGCUCAGCAGGCUCCAGCAGCACUGGGGGCUCUGACAACCUGGAUGACAGCCUGACCAGCCUGCAGUGGCUGCAGGAGUUCUCUAUUCUCAAUGCCAAUGGGCCUCAACAGGCUCCUCUCUCCACUCACCACCAGCCUCACUUCUUCGGCCAUCAGCAGCUGGGCUCUGAGGCUCCCGCUUCCCCUCUGGCUGGUGACCCUGCAUCCAUAGGCAUGCCCCUCACCCCAGGCAAGCCCACAGCAGCAGCAUAUUGUAGGAUGCAGUCCCUGUCAGCCCUCCCUAGCCUGGUGGCCCAUGGUCACUGCCCCGAUGAGGUGGACUACAAGACAAACCCUCAUAUCAAACCCCCUUACUCCUAUGCCACACUCAUCUGUAUGGCCAUGCAGGCCAGCAAGAAGACCAAGAUCACCCUCUCCUGCAUCUACAAGUGGAUCACUGACAACUUCUGCUACUUCCGCCAUGCUGACCCCACCUGGCAGAACUCCAUCCGGCACAACCUGUCUCUGAACAAGUGUUUCAUCAAGGUUCCGCGGCAAAAGGACGAGCCAGGGAAGGGGGGCUUCUGGAAGAUUGAUCCCCAGUACGCAGAGCGCCUCCUCAACGGGGCCUACAAGAAGAGGCGGAUGCCCCCUGUCCAGAUCAACCCUGCCCUGCAGAACAGGCUUAGGGCCAACCCCCAACCCCUGCCCAGGGGCCUCUGUAACUCCACAGGCAGCCAGAGUGGGCUAUGUGUCAAUCCAGAGGCUCAGCAGCUCCUCAGAGAGUUUGAAGAGGCCACUGGAGCCGACCAGAACUGGGACCCCUGUCUGGGCGAAGGCACCAUGCUGGGGGCAUGGCCCAUAAGAAAGGGAGGGCCUGGACACAAGAGGAAACACCCACUGGGCUCCAGGACUGCCAUGGUCAAAGUCCCCCGGCACUCCAGCUCUCCUUUGCUGUCUUUGGAGGAGUAUAGGGAACUGGGCUCCCUGAAGGGGAACUUUGACUGGGACGCCCUCCUGGAUUCUGCACUGAGUGGGGAGCUGAGUCUGGACGGAGGAGGUCCACUGAGCCCCAUCCCCCAGGAGGAGGACCUGAUGGUGCGGGGCACCCACAUCUGCCCCCUUGAGGCCCCCGCGGGGACAGCAGGCAGCAGCCACGUGCUGGCGGAGACCCAGAGGAGCAGCGGAGCAGACUUUGAGGAGACGUUCCUGGCCACAGCAUUCCUGCAGAGCCCCUGGCCAGAGGAAGAGGAGCAGGGAUCUACCAACUUCCUGUGCAGCUCCACAGUCAACCUGGAGCAGCUCUUUGACCUGGGAGAUUCCCUCGGUGGUGACCUCAGCAGUAAGAUAGAGUAUCUUCUCUAAAGACAUGUUCACCAAUUCUUUGGCCUCCAAGACUCUUUGACUAUACUGUGAUGAUGACACUACUAGAUUAUUGUUUAAAAAGAGAGGCACCACAUGAACUAAAUGGACCUUUUACACAUGCAUGUGUUUAAGAUUUCUAGAUGAUGUUUUUUGAAAUUGGUACAAUAAUGGAUGACAUCAUUAAUGCCUACAGAGCAAAAAUGCCACAAUGAACUGCAGUAUUCCAAACGAUUACUGGACAAAAACUAUAUCAAACCUACUGUUGGGACCAUGACAUUGGAUAAUAGACAUUAUCAAUAAGACUUCGCUCACAGAGAAACAAAAUAUUCCUGUCUGAGGACAGGAAAACCACCAAUAUGUCUUUGUUUACAUUCUGAAUAUAUAUGUGGUAUUGAAUGGAUUGCAGGUUGACGUGGAUAGAGGAAUUGUCAUGCAGGCACAAGGUGAGCAACAGAACAUUGGAAUCAACAUUUUAGAAAUGUAAUUUUUUUUAGCAUUAGAUGAAAUUACAAAGUAAUUACUGUACUCUUUGAAAGUUAUGGACAGUUUUGAGAUGCAAGGCCAACAGCUAAUGAUGAGUUGAGGUGUUGUACCUGACAGUGAUGCAACGUUUUAGCUGCUUAAGAAUAGGUGGUUUAGCAUGCUGAAUAUUUCAUAAAGGUUUAGAUGAAUCCACCUCACAGGGAAUACUAUUAUUUGUUGUGAAGAUCUCUUAUUAUUGUUUAGGAAUUAAAAUGAUCACAACAUCAGACUUCAGGAAUUUCGGUCCUGUACUGAAUUUUCUACUGAAAUGCUGAAUGUCUGACUUUUAACGCUCUGUGGAUACAUUUGGAUGAAAUUCUGAAACUAGUGUCUAUUUUAUAUCAAUAUACAAUAUCUGUAACUGAAGUGAAAGGAAUACUAUGAUGAUCAAUGAAGAGAUAUUUGCCAAAUUACUACUAAUUAGAAGAGUUUUUAGACUUAAAAUUGUUUUAUGUGUGGGGUUUUCUGUAAUGACUACUUUCUGAAUGCAUUCUUUGAAUAAUGAUCUUUUCACUUUAACUAAAUGUAUGCAGAACAAUUUUAAACGGGUUGUUUUUAGCAAGCUUAGGAUUGUCAUAUUAUCAGCAGAGAGUGUAAAUUUAUAUUUAAUAAUCAUUAAUUCAACUAAUUUCAGUGAGUUAACCAGUUACAGAGAGCAGUAGAGGACAGAUCUGGAUGUCGUAAAGACAAGUUCAUUCCAAUGCAGAAUAGCUCAAGGCAAGCUUCUCCUUUGCAAUGGUUUCAGUGGCUUGUCAAUGAAUACCCGACCUUCAGGUUAGAUGUGCAAAGAACAACACUUGGAAACAGAAGACCGGCAGUGUUUUCACCAAGGAAAGCUGAUGGAGGCCUUUUGGUCAACAGGAGGAGACAAUGCAAAAAUGAUGACAUAAACAAGCAGGAAUUACAUGAACAAAUGUUGAGUCAUGAGAUACUCUCUUGUUUUGUUUCAAGUCGACCUUUACCUGGAAAUUGCUUUGUCUUUCCUCUGGUCUUACUAAACCCAAUCACAUGGUUUCAAGACAUGAGUGAGUGAGUCUUAAAGGUUGAUUUAUGGCACAAAAAACAGUCAAUUUUGAAACAGACAUGGGGUGUACCUUUGGUGGUUCGUCGAAGUGUCAUUCUGGUCAUGCAUGCCGCGACCGACGUAGUUUGUUAGCUAAGAUAGCCACUUUAGCUAGCCAGUGACUCCUCCAGUGUGUUGAUGUCAUUUCACAGGAGUUGUGUUUGGAAAGAAGCUGUAGAGAUCGGUAAGAAAUGGCCCUUCUGUAGCCAAAUAUCUUAUUCAUAAAUUGUGGUUGUGUUUUUAAGCAUUAAAUGACCUAGUAAAUGGUGCAUUGAUCAGUUAUACAGUUUAAAGCCGCUAUUUUUGUGUUUUUGCCCAAAGUUGACCUUUAACAUGUAUAUUAAAAUGUGCUAAUAGUCGUUAUCUUGCAGAAUAACUACUCCUGGUUUAUUAGUGUUGUAAAUCCACCAUGAAGUCUGAAAGUGCAAUCAAUGUACAGUGAGUGAUACUUGGUCUAUUUUACAUUACAUUGAAGGGUAGUAAUGCAGUUUACUUAGUCAGACCCAGUUCAUGGUUUAAUGUGUGGUACGGUAUGAAUACAUUCUGAUGGAAGGAAACUCCUCCUUUAAAAGUGAAUUAACUACUAUAUUUUGUCAGUUGUGUAUUAGCUCUUCCAAAACACUUGUCAUCCAAGUUGACCCUAUUGGCAUCAUACCUCAAGAUUUAUUUUUUAUUUUUUAUGAAGAUGUGCAUUCAUUCUCUGUUUAUUUUUCUGUUUUUCCUUGACAAUAAAAAAAACCUUCAAACUUGAAU